GCCGGGGGGGUGGUUCUGUGGCCGCCGGCUCGGCGCGGGCCCUGUCGCGCUCUGUCGCGAUUUGUCGCGCCCUGUGGCGCUCUGUCGCGCCGGGCCCGCGCCUCCAGGCCCGCCCAUGGAGGCCGCGCCGCGGUUGCUGCCCGGGGUGGCCCUGCCGGGGUCUCUUCCGCCACCUCCUCCCCCCGCCGCCGCCACCACCGGGGAGCCGCCACCCUCAGGGCCACCGUCAGGGCCACCGUCAGGGCCACCAGCGGGGCCACCGCAGCACGACACCGGCGAUGUCCUGCAGCAGAUCAUGGCCAUCACCGACCAGAGCCUGGAUGAGGCCCAGGCCAGGAAGCACGCCCUGAACUGCCACAGGAUGAAGCCGGCCCUGUUCAGCGUCCUCUGUGAAAUCAAGGAAAAAACAGUGCUCAGCAUCCGCAGCCUCCCCGAGGAGGAGCCGCCGGACGCGCAGCUCAUGCGCCUGGACAACAUGCUGCUGGCUGAGGGCGUGGCGGGCCCCGAGCGGAGAGCGGCCCGAGGAGGCGGCGACAGAGCGGGAAGAGUGGCAUCAGGUGGCUGUCCCAAUGACAAUAGCAUUGAGCACUCUGACUACAGGGCCAAGCUGUCCCAGAUCCGACAGAUUUACCACUCUGAGCUAGAGAAAUAUGAACAGGCCUGCAGCGAGUUCACCACGCACGUGAUGAACCUGCUGCGCGAGCAGAGCCGCACGCGGCCCAUCUCGCCCAAGGAGAUCGAGCGCAUGGUCGCCAUCAUCCACGGCAAGUUCAGCUCCAUCCAGAUGCAGCUCAAGCAGAGCACCUGCGAGGCCGUCAUGAUCCUCAGGUCGCGCUUCCUCGACGCCAGGUGGGCACGGCGCAAUUUCAGCAAACAGGCCACCGAGGUGCUGAAUGAAUAUUUUUAUUCCCACCUGAGCAACCCCUACCCCAGCGAAGAGGCCAAAGAGGAGCUCGCCAAGAAGGGCGGCAUCACCGUGUCCCAGGUUUCCAACUGGUUUGGGAACAAACGGAUCCGCUACAAGAAGAACAUGGGCAAGUUCCAGGAGGAGGCCAACAUUUACGCUGCCAAAACCGCCGUGGACGCCACCAGCGUGGUGGCCCAGAGCAACCAGGGCAAUUCCCCUUCCACGCCAAACUCAGCUUCCUCUGGGUCUUUUAAGAUGACAAAUUCAGGGGAUUCCUUCCUCAACCUGCAGUCCUUGACUUCCUACCAGAGCUCUCCCAGUGUGCAGCCACAGAUGGAUUCCCUGCACCACGUCCUGCACCAGACGGGGAGGUUCGACCCCCUCGUGGGGACCCCUUUGUACUCCACGCAGCGCCUCGAUGCCAAUGGUAGCUGGCAGGACGCCGCCACCCCCUCAUCCAUCACCUCCCCCGCCGGAGACCCGGGGAGCGUCAACUCCGAUGCCUCCAAUUAAAGAUUUUUUAGGACCUUUUCAAUGAGAGGAGAGAGGUCAUUUAGCGUUAAUUAGUCAAUGUUGCUCUUGGGCCGAUAGAAUUAUUGACUCACAAUUAAUUAAUUACCUCAGAACAAGCCAAUAGAUUGUGAUGGCAGCGACACCUCUACCUCUCACCGCCGACUUCUUCGCCUCGCCAGGACCUGAAAUUGUUUUAAACCAACUUCAUUUUCCCUCAGCAAAUUCCGUUUUUUUAAGGAAAAACCCUGUGGAUUUUACAUGAAGAACCUGAAGAAGAAGGAAAAAAAAAAGUCUUGGCGUUUGUCUCCAGUUUUACAGCGGAAGAAAAUGGAUUUAUUUUCGUUUCUGUCCGGUUUUUUAUGCUGGGAUUUCUGUUCUAGGUGAAUAGUUCCAGUUAAACCCCCCCCUCCCCCGUAUUGUAAUUGUAUGUCCUCUGUAUUGUAAUUUUGUAUAGAAAAUUCAGCUUUUUCUGAACUAAUUUAGCUAAUUAAUGGGAACAUCGCUUUACCAAACCUCUCACUGGACGUCGCUCGCAGGUCGGACCUUCCACUGGUGUCAUUCCACGGGAUUUCAGAGCGGAAAAUUUCAUGGCUUUACUUUUUCUAAUGAAAAAGUAAAAAAAAUAAAAGGAAAAACCCCAAACUCACCACAAAACAGCCGAACCGCCCAAUUUCCCCACGGGAAUUCGAGGGGGUUUGUGCCAUUUCUGGUGCUGUUCACAGAGUCCGCCCCUUUCAGUUGAGAUUUUAUCAAAGAAAAUAAACUUCCAAAGCCUUUUUUUUUUCCUUUUCUUUCCUAA